CUCUCUAUUCUUCCUCCACCUCCCAGUUGUCUCUCAUCUUCACGAUGCCUGUUCUUCCUGUCUCCCCUGGGCUUGAGAUUGAUUUCCUGAUCUAAUCCCUCUCCCUAUCUCCCUCCCUCCAUCCCAUCCAUCCCGUUCAAUCCUUCCAUUCUCACCCUCUCCUCCCACCCUCGUCGCUCCUUGGCCCUCCGCUCUAUCCACGCUGGUCUCUUCACGUGUACCCCGUUGAAACCCAUCUCUCUAUCUUCCUCCUCUCUCUCUCUCUCUCUCUCCCUCCCUCCCUCCCCUACCAUUCUCACCUUCUCUCGGGCUGUCAUUCCUUCUCGUAUUCCGCCCUUUUCCAUCACCUUAGCGGGCCGUAUCACCGGGGCUUACCACCCCCAAACCCACCGAAAGAAUCCGCCCCCGUCAGAUUGGCCCCCUCCUGAUUAAAGUCCUCCGGACACCUCUCUCGAUUUCGACACGAAACGUAUAUAAAUGAUUCGGUGGAAUCCGACCGACCUGUGAUCACUUUUCUCUGGAGCGUUUCGCAUCCAGGGUUCGAUUUUUAUCUUCGAUUUUUUAUUUUUUAUAUUGUUUCUUUUAGACUUCCUGACCAUGGUUGAUCGAACCCAUCCCGGUGCGAUCGUGAAUCUCCGGCCGCAACUGGGAGAGCAACGCUCGCAAUCCCACGAAACCUUCCGCAGCGGCGCCCCGUCGCCGCGCAUCGAACACUUCGAUGGAGAAAUCCCCCCCGCUCUCUCACCCCUGGACGCUUUCGCCGCCCAGGGUCGGCUGCUGGCUCGCCAGCUCGAAGAGUCCGCUCAACGGGACCGUCGCUUGAGUCGCCUACCUCCGGCCAGCGUCGCCCGCUCGCUGUCCCAACCGCGACCAGGUUACUUCCGAUCCCCGUCCUCGGGCGAAUUGUCGCGAGGGGCUCCCCGCAGCCUCUCCCGCCAACACACGCACACCACCAACGUCGAGGUGGAGGAACCGCAGUUUCGCCCGCAGUCCGAACAUCCCCGUCUCAGCGCGGUCUCGCACUUGGCAAAUGAACAGGGCGAUCGCCGCGAUGACAGUGCGACCCCGCGGGUGGAAUCGGGGAAUUACCACCUCGCCCACAAUCCGUUUGACAUGCUUCGCGCCGACUCCCCGGAGGAGGACAUGUCCAUCUCCGACCACCCGGGAACCCCCCGUCGCUUCUAUGCCCCCGCGCCCCCGGGCGUCUCGUUGACCGGCCCACCCCGCACCUCCUCGUCUGAUUCCGCCUCGCGACUCAACGUGGCGCGCCACAACUUGGCCCCGCCGACCUCGCCCUUCUCGCGGCCGUCCACCGGCUCGCGGGGCACGCAGCCCGAGAGCUCCGACGACGACUACAGCAGCUCCAACGCGGGCUCGACCUUUUCCAAACCGCGCAAGCUGUCCUCCGGCAGUGCCAUGUCGAUGCCCCAAUCGCCCAUGUCCUCGAUGAACCGGUCGUCGCGCCCGCGCUCCCCGUCCAUCAACUCGGAGACCUCCAACAACGGCAAUCACCUCACCCGCCCAUCCUUCAACUUCUCGCGUCCCCUCAGCCGAUCCAGCACUAGCCUCUCGGCCCCGCAGAUGGGAGGCCCCGAACCCCCCAACCCCCUUGCCCGCACCUCGAUGCACCGCGAUCACAAACCCACCCCGAUCGUCGUGCCCACGUCGGACCGGUCCCUACGCCCCGGCGAGGAGCCGCUCUCAGCCACCGCGGCCUCCUAUAUCUACGCCAAGUACUCCCUUCCGCGCGGCCGCAUGAUGUCCCGAGAUUCGAUCGUCUUCUCCGGACUGCAGACGCCGCACUUCGAGUGGCAGGAGCCGCUGUUUGAGGGCACGGAGCAGCUGCUGAGUCCCACGGGACGGCCCCGCUCGGCGCGCUCCCCGUCGCCCCCGCCGUCGCGGCAGUCGAUCUCAUCGCUUAAGGCCCGCUCGCUCAACGAACCCGCCGCGCACGAGCGCCGCCUGUUGACGCCGGAGCCCGCCGUCUCGCCCUCCGCUCGGACCCCGCCCUCGCCGGAGGCGACCACCCCCCAGUCGGCGCCCGGCGGACCGUCUGCGCCGGAGACCUCAAUCCCCGAGGACCGGACCGACGCGACGUCCUCGGCAGAUUCCGCGUCGACUGUGCGCCCCCAGACCGCCCGGUCCACGGCGACGACGUCGUCUGUCGUCACGGCCGACGACCAUGUGUCUAAGGGGAUCGAAUGCCACGAGAAGGGCUCGCUGAAGGAAUCCACCUAUCACCUGCGCAUCGCGGCCAAGCAGAACCAUCCUACGGGGAUGCUGCUCUAUGCGCUCGCCUGCCGGCACGGGUGGGGUAUGCGCCCCAACCAGCGCGAGGGAGUGCAGUGGUUGCGCAAGGCAGUGGGCUCGGUCGGUCCGGAGUUGAUGGACGAGGCCAACACGUCGGUCCCCGCCAAGACGCGCGAGCUGCAGAAGACGUACCGGGCCCAGUUCGCCCUGAGCGUCUACGAGCUUGGCGUGAGCCACCUGAACGGGUGGGGCAUUGAGCAGGACAAGGUGCUUGCGCUCCGCUGCUUCGAGAUUGCCGGCCAGUGGGGGGAUGGCGACGCGCUGGCGGAGGCGGGCUACUGCUACGCCGAGGGAGUGGGCUGCAAGAAGGAUCUGAAGAAGGCCGCGCGCCUCUAUCGGGCGGCGGAGGCCAAGGGACUCAGCAUGGUUGGAAAUAGCUGGAUCUACAAGGAUAAAUACAUGUCCGAUGAGGAAGCGAACGCGUCGUCGUCGCGCGGCCGCGGCCGAGCGAACGGCACGCCGGAAAAGAAACAACAGCUGCGCAACAAGUCUCGCACCCGUAGUCUGUUUCAACGCAAGAAGUCGACUACCGCGGAAGCCUGAUCUCUCCAUCGUUACUUUUAUUUUUCUUUCUUUUCCC